AUGUCAUCUGACAAAAGAGAUAAGACCGAUUUCCCUGUCCAGGACCCUGACUCCAAGAUGGGCAAGACGCUGAGUCUCCAAGGAUCAAUGCAAAUCGGAGAAGCCAAUGUCGACAACAGCCAUAGAGGACGCAAAGUCCUCAAAAGAAUUGAUUUCUGCCUCAUGCCAUUGCUCCUUGUGUCAUAUACGCUACAGUUCCUUGACAAGCAGUCUCUCAACUUUGCCUCUAUCAUGGGCAUAAUCGACGACUUGGACCUGGUUGGAUCACGGUAUAGUUGGUGCAGCAGUGCUUUUUACUUCGGUUACCUCUCUUUCAGCUACCCAGCAUCUUUCCUUAUGGUCCGCUUGCCACUGGGAAAGUAUCUCACUGCCUCCAGCUUUGCCUGGGCUAUCAUCCUUUGCUGCCAUGCCACAGUCCAAACGUUCCCCGGCCUAUUAGUCGCUCGCUUCUUUCUCGGCGUAGCAGAAGCUUCGAUCUCACCAGGCUUCUCUCUCAUCACUGGCAUGUGGUAUAAACGCGAGGAACAGCCUUUCCGACACGGCAUUUGGUUCCUCGGAAACGCAAUUGCUACGAUGCUAGGAGGCUUAUUAGCUUAUGGCAUCGCCCAAAUUAGCAGUCCCCUUGCAGCUUGGCGAUGGCUCUUUAUCAUCUUCGGUCUCAUCACCCUUGUCUGGGCCAUCGUCUUGGCCAUCUUCCUUCCCGACACCCCCGAGAACGCACGAUUUCUCACCGAACAGCAACGCAUCGAUGCCGUCGAUCGAAUCAGGGUCAACCAGACUGGUAUGAAGAACAAUAACUUCAAGUGGGAGCAGGUCCGGGAGGUUAUCAAGGACCCAAACGUGCUGUUGUUGAUGCUCUUUCAACUUACAUUCAGUAUCCCCAAUGGAGCCCAUACAACUUUCAGUAGUCUUGUCAUGGCAGGCUUCGGCUUCAAUAGGCUACAGGUCUAUUUACUCAACAUGCCAAUGGGUGCCAUCCUAGCUUUCUUCGCACUCGGGUCGACCUACCUCUGCAGUCGCUACAGUGGGUACAGAACCAUUAUUGGCGCAUGUCUCAGCUUGAUCAGUUUGACUGGCUCAUUGCUCGUCCGCUACGGCCCAAACCAGGGCAGUCAACUCUUUGGACUAUGGGUCUUUGUCGCAUUUGCCGCUGGCUUUCCCAUCUCGUUGUCCAUGGUCGCUUCCAACGUCGCUGGCUUCACUAAGAAGAGUGUGGCUUCAGCAAUGAUGUUCAUGGCGUACACAGCUGGAAACAUCAUCGGCCCGUUUUUGUUCUUCCCGUCUGAAGCGCCAGGAUAUUCAAGUGGAUUCUUAGCCACGACGAUUUGCUUCGGCGUGUCGACGCUCACCAUGCUCCUUCUGCGUUUCACCUUGAUCCGAGAGAAUAAGAGACGUGACGAACUUCAGCAGACCAAUGCUUCGGCGCAUGAUGAGAACGGACACUUGGAGAUUUCCGAUGUCACAGAUAGGAAGAACCUCAACUUCCGCUACGUUUACUGA